AUGGUCGCCCGCCGCUGCAACCCCGCUGUGCCCAGGAGCAUGGUGCGUGUGGCCGGCAGCCCCGUCCAAACCACGAUGACCGCGCGGCCGGCCAUCACGCGUCGAUGGGUGUACGGCACCCUAUGGCUCCAGCACCGCGUCCUUUGCUCCUCCUCCGGCCUCACCGUCGGCCUGGGCGUGCAGUGGGCGCCGCCCUUCCGCAGGCUGCCCGCCGGCGCAGAGCCGCGCUCGGGCACGUUGCAGCUGUGCGUCGGCAACCGCUGCCUCAUCUACCAGCUCAGGUUGGCCGGCGGCGGAGCCGUGCUGCAGAUCCUGCGCCGGUUCCUCGCAGACGCCCGCGUCACGUUCGCGGCGCGCAACAUCGAGGCGGACCACCGGAUGCGCAGGCACCACGGGCUGGAGGUCGAAUCGAUGCUUUAG